ACUUGAAUGCAGCGAUUGAGUAAACAUGUGCCACUCCUCUGUGACACUGUUAGUCAUAUUUCUAGUUCCCAUCUAUUCCGUGAUGUGCCAUAGCUACUAUUCAAUAGUUGCUCCCGGCACUAUACGUUCCAAUCGUAAUUAUUCCGUUUGUGUUACACUACAUGAUGCCGCCUCGCCGGCUACGAUUCGUCUUACUUUGCUCUCCCUGACCAGCACUUUGCGUUUAAGCCACGAUGUAGUUCUAGAACCCUAUGAAAGUAAGCUGAUCGAUUUUAUGCCACCCAAGCUCUUUGAAAAGUUCGAAUAUGCAUUGACCGCUGAAGGAAUAAAGGGAAUAACUUUGAAUGAAACUCAAAAGCUGAUUGCAUUUCCUGAAGGUGGACCCCGUGUAUACAUUGAGAGUGACAAGGGUCUCUAUAAGCCGGAAGAUAUUGUACAAUUCCGCAUCAUUAUAUUGGAUGAGAAUCUGCAAAUCACGAAAAUAGUGGAGCCAAUACGGGUACAGAUAUUGGACGCACAACGGAAUCGUGUUAAACAAUAUAAAGACAUCAAACUAGAUCGAGGUGUCUUUGCGGCAGAGUUUAAGUUAUCUAAGCAACCCUUUUUGGGCAAUUGGCUAAUAUCGGUUCACAUCAGCGGAAAAUAUGACCUGGACAAAGAAUACACAUUUAAAGUGGAGAAAUAUGUUUUGCCCAAAUUUAGCGUGCACAUUGAAAACGACAGGCAUGUGGCGAAAACGAAUAAAAGGCUGAAAAUCACAGUAUAUGGCAAAUACACAUAUGGCAAAUUUGUCCGAGGAAAAGUUGAUGUUUUGUUGCGCAAAACACCCGAAAGUUACUACGAUGUGUUCAACAAAAAUGUUGAAAUCAGCGAUGGGGAAGUCAAAGCUGAUGUUUUGUUCGAUAUGCGAGAGUUACAACAUGGAGCCAAAUACUACAUUUAUGCAACCCUAACUGAAAAUCUCACAAACAUCAACGCAACUGCAGAAAGCGAAGUCUAUAUAGAGAAUAAAAGCUUCAAUAUAUUCGUACCAGAAUCUGGGAUAGAAUUUCGGGAUAACAACCCAUACCGCUUAGCGCUUCAUGUAGAGAAUUGGAAAGGAACUCCGGUGAGGGAUCUCACAACACCGGCCACUAUGCAUUUUAACGAAAAGGAGUAUAUAUCGCCGUUAGAUGAUAAUGGUGUGGCUCUGUUUGAGUUUGAAUAUGAACCAACAUCUUAUUUUAAGUUUAGGUACAAGGACAGCUCAAUAAUUUACGAAAAUAAGUUUGCCGAACGAGCCAGCACAAAAAUUGAUAGUUCCAACUGUAAAAUUAAAAUGAGACCCAGAACCUCUACUGACUUGUCCGAACCCAUUGAAAUCGAAGUGUCUGCAAAUCAUAAUCUAACCUAUCUGAUAUAUACUUUAACCGCUCAUGGUAACAUUGUACGAGAAGAAUUCAUCCGAGUGUCACCUAAUCAGAAUUCUCAUGAGUUUCGAAUUAAUGCGUCCAUGUCGAUGGUACCCAACUCCUACCUUUUCGUCUACUAUAUUGUAGAGGAUCAAUUGUUUUACUGUGAAUUUACUAUUCGUCUGCCACACAGUUUUGUGAACAAGUUAACCAUUACUGCACCGACCAAAGUGAAACCUGGCCAGAACAUUACUCUCAACGUAAAGGGACGACCGAAUUCAAGAGUUUCUAUCAUAGGUGUUGACAAGAGUGUGCUUUUGCUUAGCUCUGACAACGUAUUGCGAAAGGAUGCCAUUAUAAAAGAUCUUGCCUUGGACAGAUCAUAUAGCCACGGUUACCCACUACCUUUUAGAUACCCGCACACACCCGGCUAUAGUGCAGGAUUGAUCAUCUUGACAAAUUCAAAAUUCGAAAUUCCCAUGUUCAAUACACUCAUCCCUAGGUGGAACUCAACUAAUUCUGCACCCGUCCGUUCAUUAUUUCCGGAAACAUGGAUUUUCAAGGAUAUAGACAUUAUCGAUUCGAAUACACCGCUCACUUUACAAGUGCCAGAUACAAUAACAACAUGGAUAGUAAGGGCAUUCUCUGUCAACGAUGAGACCGGCUUCGGAAUGAUGGACAACACCCUAGACAUUGAAGCUUUUCAACCCUUUUUCAUAAGUGUUAGCCUACCGUAUUCGGUGAAGAGAGGCGAAAUCGUAAUUAUACCAGCUACAAUAUUCAAUUAUCUGCAACAGAGCCAUCCAACCGAAAUUAUUAUGGAAAAUAAUAGUGAACAUUUCCAACUCAUGGAUGAUGAAAAUCAGCCCAUUGUCAAGAAGCAUGAUGUCCGAAAUAUCACUGUCCCAGCAAAUAAUGGAAAGAGCGUAGCAUUCAGAUUAUCGCCCAAGAAGGUGGGCAACAUCGAAAUUCGAAUUGAAGCCAAAAACUCUAUUACAGCAGAUGCAGUACUACACAAGCUCCGAGUAGACCCAGAAGGCAUUGCUCACAAUAGCAACCAGGAAGAGCUUUUGACGUUAAGAGAUGGGAAUGUUAUGAAUUUGACAUUUCGGGCCAAUAUACCGGCAGACAUUGUUAGUGAUUCGGAAUAUUUGGUUCUAUCUGUAAGCGGCGACAUUAUGGGUACCACUUUGGAGAACCUCGAUGAUUUGGUGCAAAAGCCCACCGGAUGUGGUGAACAAAACAUGGUUAACCUUGUUCCGAAUAUUUUGAUUUUAGAUUAUCUGAAAUCGGUAGGCAAAUUCGUCACUCAAGAUAAGUUGGUGAAUAAAGGCAAAAAUUUCAUUGACAUUGGGUAUCAACAAGAACUGAAUUAUCGCCACUCAAAUGGCGCCUUCAGCGUAUUUGGUCCCGAUCAAACGACAGAAAGCAAUUGGCUAACAGCCUAUGUUAUUCGGUUCUUUAUGAAAGGUAUGCAGUACUCUGCAAUAGAGCCAAAAAUUGUGGAAGAAGGUCUCGGAUAUUUGUCUACUCAACAAUUGGAUGAUGGUAGUUUUCCACAUCGUGGACACCUCUUCAUGCCGGCCCACCAAAAUCAAUAUGGAUUCACAGCCUUUGUUCUGCUGACAUUCAUUGAAGAAAAGAAAUAUGCUCGUAAGUUCAAGAAUGUCAUACAAAAGGGAAUGCAGUUUCUUAACAAUCACAUAAACGAAGUUCACGACAUUUACUCACUCGCAAUAAUGGCCAAUGUAUAUGAAAAGGCUGGGAAUAGAAGCCAAGUCCAGAAUAUACUCGAGAAAAUAAAUCCAAUGGCCAAAGAAGAAAAUGGCCUCAAAUGGUGGACAAGCAACAACAAGAAUGAAGAGAGUGCCAAUGAUGUUGAGAUCACUGCAUAUAUUCUGUUAGCCUUGCCUGAAACCGCAGGUGACUCAUAUAUGCCCAUAUUCAAUUGGUUGAUGAAACAACGGAACAACCACGGAGGAUAUGAGUCCACACAUGACACUGUUAUUGGACUGCAAGCAUUAAUUAAAUACGCGCUAAAAUUGAGACUUAACCAGAACACCCUGCUGAAGGUCCACUAUAUUGCCUUGUCCGAUGAAGGCAGCCAUCUAAAAGAGAAUAUAUUGGGAGUAGACGCAGAGAACGAGCUUAUAUUGCAGAAAGAGGAGCUACCUCGCAAUACACGUUCGGUGCAAGUGGAAGUUAUGGGCAGCGGUCGGGUAAACCUUCAAUUUUCUUACCAGUACUUUGUAUCCAAUUUAUCCAAAACAUUAACUACGGCUUCCACUACGCGAUCGUCCAAAGUUCAGAGGGCUAAAUUUCCCGCUUUACCAGUUGCAGCAAUGGAAGUUACACAAGCUACCGUGAACAAAGUGAACGCAAUAAUGAAUAAUGACGAAUAUUUUACCAUAACACCAACAGCCCAAUUGGAGUCAUCGUUGUUAAUGUCACUAGAAGUUUGCUACACCUACCAACCUUUAACAGAGGAUGAAAAAUUAACCAAUAUGGUCAUACUUGAGAUUCAAUUUCCCUCUGGUUUUACUGCAAAUGCCCAUAAUAUUGAGAAAUUACGCGACGAAGAACAUAUCAGUCGCAUCGAUAUUCAGAACGCAGCAACAAAGGUGAUGUUUUAUUUUGAAAAGUUAGAAGGCAAUGAGGAACAAUGUCUCACUAUAUUGGCGGAUAGAGGUCAUGAGGUGUCUUCGCUGAAGCCAUGUCCUAUAAUAAUGUAUGAUUUCUAUAACGAUAGGCGGCGUAGUGCGAUUAUGUAUCAACUGUAGAUAAAACUUUUAUGCAUCACAAUACAUAAGAUAUGAAAAAAAAAAUUAUAUAAUUCAUCCUAAAACAUAUCCCCCAAUUACGAUGCCAAAAUAUACAGAAAAAAAAAAUGAAAUAUAAGGCAAAUUUAUCUCAACUUUUUUUCAUAAAAUUUAUGAAAUUACUCAAUAGUGCUUAACAAAUGGGUGUAUAAGGAUGGAUCGGCUUGUAUUGUCAUGACGACCAGAUCAUUUAUUUUACCAGCUGUUUAGGUGUGCUUCAGUACACGACAAAUUACUAUUUUGUUAUCUUUUAUCAUAUAUACUAGCAUACUUUUUAAGACCCCAAGAUCCCUCCUGUGUCAACUUUACUCCAAAAUUUAAUGUAAGGUCUUUCAUUUUGGUCUCAAAUUAUCCCCAGCGGCCUACAUUUUCGUUGGAAUAUUUUUGGAGAGUAGUCGGCCCUCUUAAUUUGUCGUUAAUACAGUAGUAACCAAAUGAGGAAAAAUCUAAUAUAAAAGAAUCAAUUAAGAAUUAAUAAACAUUUUGUUGAAUUACUAAAUAAG